CCCUGGAUAUGCUGCGGUGGCGCUCAACGUGCUGGCGCUUCCCACACAUGGACGCCGGGAAGACAAACCAUCACACGGUGGAUGCGUCAUAUGUCUACCAAGAACAGACGUGAAAAGACCACAGCUUAAUGAUGGCAGACAUCCCAUGUCGUGUAGUGGUGAUUGGGGGUGGACUAGCAGGGCUCUCAGCAGCAGAGAGUCUCGCACAGGCAGGAGUGACGGGGGUCCGAAUACUGGAGGCCUCACACAGAUGUGGAGGGCGUAUGAAGACCAUUAGAUUCGGGGAAAGCAUUGUGGAACUUGGAGCCAAUUGGAUCCAUGGGGCAACUCUUUCCAACUCUGUCUUUACAUUGGCUGCACAAAACAAUCUGCUGAACCCAUAUGUGUUGCUUGACAGGAUGGAAGGCUACUGCUACACGUCAGCUGGGCAUGUCAUUGACCCUCACUUGGCCAAUAGAGUGUGGACCAUAUACCAAGCUCUAGAACAGGAUUUGGGUGGACUUUCUAGUCAAACCAAAGACACACCUGGGAUCCCCCUGGAAUCAUGGUACAAAAACAAAUUUGAGAAUGCUUUGGCUUUGUUUAAAACACAAGAACAAGAAGAUGCUCGAGCUGUCAUGAACUGUCUGUUAAAUCUGAUACGGUUUCAUAAUGGUGGCUUCCUUGAAGACACAGACACACACUUGAUUGCCCAGUACGAAGAGCUACCUGGUGGAGAGGUGAAACUGCCUAGGGGAUGUGCUUCCAUACUGGAUGCCGUUCUCAACACCCUGCCCAAAGGAUCAGUACAGUAUAACACAGAGGUGACCAACGUUCAUCUGGACACGUCAGGACCAACACCCAAGGUGGAAGUCAGAUGUAGGAAUGGAAGUCAGAUGAUGGCGGAGCAUGUGAUAGUAACCUGCUCUUUGGGUUUCCUCAAGCGCCACCACCACGCCCUCUUCUCACCACCCUUAUCUAGUCAAAAGGUCCAUGCAAUUGAAAAUAUCGGCUUUGGUAUAGUUAGCAAAAUAUUCCUGUAUUACAAAAUACCUUUCUGGGUGCAAGGUCGCGGGGGUAUCAAACUGUGCUGGCAAGAACAUGAAUCACGACCUUUGGGGAAAGAAGAAUGGUACAAGAAGAUAUUCAGUUUUGAUGAAGUGCUCAAUAACCCUGGUGUACUUGUAGCUUGGUUGUCAGGGGAUGAGGCAGCUUACAUGGAACGUCUGCCAUUACAGGAAGUAGCCAAUGUUUGCUCAAAUAUCUUAAAAACCUUUUUAGGUAACCCGGGUCUGCCUUCCCCCACUCGGGUCUGUCGUUCAGAGUGGAGCGAUAACCCCUACAUCUGUGGGUCUUACAGCUACCCCACAACAUCCAGUCCCCACAGCCUUGUCCCACACCUUAUGGAGCCAGUGUGUUCCUCAGACCAAGUUCCACGUAUCCUGUUUGCAGGGGAAGCAACUCAUCCAACCUAUUUCUCUACUAUGCAUGGCGCCAGGUCCUCCGGUUUGAGGGAGGCCAACAGGAUCAUCAGUUUGUACAACAUGCGACCCAAACUCUAGCGUCCUCUAUCUCAUCUUGACUGCUACCUGUUCAUUUUCAAAGUGAAAUGCAACACACUUGAACAACACACACCAUUUGGGUCUUGAAUCUUGAUUUCACAUAGGUACAGUUUCAGGAACUUUUCUGACCCUUAAAAAAUGUGCAGUCUUCCUUUCUUUAUUUGGUGUAAGCUCAGCUUCUCUUGCUGUCAUCAUUCAAAUUCACCGUCUUGACCUUGACCCUUAGUCUUUUCAUGUACAGUGGACUCUGUCAAUACCGGCCUCUCUUAACACCGGCACUCUGUCUACAUCGGCACAAAGUUUCAGUCCCGGCAGAAAUGCACGUUAUUAUCAUUUAGAAACCUCUGUAAACAU